AUGGAGGUGACAAACUUCACUGUCACUGAAUUUCAUCUCCUCGGCUUCCACGAGCUUCGGAGCUUCCAGUUGGUUUUAUUUUUCAUUUUUCUGGUUAUUUAUGUCACAACUUUGGUUGGAAAUUCAUUGACAACUGGCCUGUUUUGCUUUGAUCAUCAUUUUCACAGUCCCAUGUAUAUACUCCUAUGUAACUUGUCUGUAUUGGACAUGUCAUUCACCUCAAUGGUUCUGCCAAAGUUGUUGGACAUUUUUCUGACUGGAAACAAUGUCAUCUCCUACGAGGGUUGUAUCACUCAGGUCUUCUUCCUUGUGGUGCUCAUGGUGUCUGAAUACUUCAUCUUGGCUGCCAUGGCUUAUGAUCGUUACGUGGCCAUAUGUCAUCCUUUACGUUAUUCUUAUUUCAUGAGUCUUCAAGUCUGUUUUUGGAUGUUAUGGAUAUCUUGGAGUAUGGGUGUCUUUGAGGGCAUUCUUUAUGCCCUUCUAAUAUCAUCCUGUAUGUUUUGUAAAGCAAAUGAGAUUGACCAUUUAUUUUGUGAUUUGAAGCCGCUAAUGAUACUUUCUUGUAGUGACACACAUACUAUAGAAAUGUUAAUACUUGGACCAAGCGCCAUCAUUGGCUUUGUCCCUUCAGUCAUGACCUUGGUGUCCUACAUGUAUAUCAUCUCAAGUAUCUUAAAGAUUCACUCUAAGGAAGGAAGACACAAAACUUUCUCCACUUGCUCCUCACAUCUCACAGUCAUCCUCUUGUUUUAUGGGACGAUCCUUGGCAUGUAUAUGAGGCCAAAGUCCAGCUAUUCCAUUAACCAGGACAAAGUGCUUGCCAUUUUGUAUGCAGGAGUCAUCCCGAUGCUCAAUCCUCUCAUUUACAGCUUAAAAAAUCAGGAUGUGAAGAAAGCUCUGCGCAAAUUAAAGAAAGCAAUGCUCUGUUAA